UCUGUCUCCCUCUUUCGCUCCUGUACUUUAUGGUCUUUCAAAAUGGCAGCCUCCAUGAGUUCAGAAUUUCUUGCAAGGACAGUGUGUGGCUCUUUCAAUAGGAUUGGCUUUCUGAUGGGGAGAGUUCCACAUGGAGCAAUGAGGGUAGCCAGACAGACGAAGGUAUUCCCCAAGCCUCAGGAGACAAACUAUGUACUCCCUUCUCAUCAUAGCAGAUGUCUGUUUCAUAGUGCAAACAGGCUCUCAAGCCAGAAGGAGGAUGUUGCCUUCGACGACACAGAUGCAGAGGACGACAUGGCGGUGAAUGAACUCAGCCUGGAGAUGAAGCCUAAAGGUUACAUGGCUGCCAGACCAGUAGAUGAUGUCUACAUGAUCUGUCAUUAUCCUCCACAAAUGGUUACUUUCCAUGAAGCUAUGGACAAGCUGCGAUCCCAAGAUCAGUGGGCGCACAUAAGAAAACCAGAGCUCUACAAGAAUAGGACAGUCACCAUCAGUAUUCUUCUAGAUAUGGCUCUUGAGAAAAAGAAAAAGGUAGUUGCCUUUACGAACAUGGUCAUCUUACCGCACCAAUUCAAAGAGGAUAACAAGGUGUUGUGUUUCGCAGAGGAUUCAGACACCCAGGCAGCCCUGGAUGCAGGAGCUUUCAUGGUUGGCAACGCAGACACCGUCCAAGACAUCGUGGACCACAGGAUACACCACAGGGCAUUCGAUUACUGCGUUUCCACCCCGGAAAUGAUGCCCAGCCUGACCAAACUCAAGGAGAAACUCAGGAAAAGAUUCCCUGCUUCUAAAAGAGGAUCCGUUAGCAACAAUAUCACUGCCAUGUUAAACCUGUACAGCAAGGGGCAUGAAUACAAGGUACAAGGCAAACACAACACCAUCAACUGUGCUAUCGGCAAGCUAAGUCUUACCAAUGAGCAACUAGAGGAAAACAUGGCUGCCAUCAUCUCAGAUGUCUGCUCACACAAACCUCUGGAAUUUGGGUCAUUUAUCAAGAAGCUCACUUUGACGGCUUUUCUCUUGGACGGUCAUGUGCUCGACUUUAAGAACUACCUUCCUGUCUCCGAUGAAGAUAAGAAGCUCAAAGAAGAAUUGGAAAAAUUAGAACAAUCAACGUGAUUCCUCUGAACUUUUAAGCCAUAUUUUAAAAAUUGGCAUAAAUUUAAACCUGGCUUAAUUGACCCUACUGCAAAUACGAUGUUCGACAGUAGAUGGCGACCUUCCUCCUACACUGCGCAGGUCAGCACAUGCGCAGAUAUGAUUCUGGGGAAGACGAUAAGACACGGUUUCUUCUGGCUUCCAUAGAAAAUGACCUGGGGAAUGAACAGAAAAUGACCAGACCUUUGUUUUGCGCCAUUGCCAUUCAUUUACAAGUAAAAGAGAAAUUGAAAAUCUAGGUUUUUUGUGGCGGUUUACCAUGUUAUAUCUGAAUGAAUGUUUAGGCAAGAUUAAACCUGGCCUACAGUUAGGUGGCUUUGGGGAAUAUGAGCUGCAGUUCUUUCAGUUUUUAUUGAGGAUUGCUCGCAUCUUCUUCAGUUUGAUAUAAUAUGAGCAAUGCAAGAACAGUGUUUGUGCCAUGCAACAUAUCUAAUCUAAUCAGGGGUACCAGUUUUCAGGCUUUUGCCUUCUUGUAGGCCAUGCCAUGUAAUGACAAAUAAAAAUAAUAAUCCACUGUUCUUGCAUAGUGCAUAUGGUGAUAUGAUUUAACAUAUUUAUGCGAUUCCAAAAGGGUUUAGAUUGUACAGUCAAACCUGCGUUAGUGACCACCUGUCUACAAAGAUCACAUUUUUUUGGUUUCCCUUGAAAAUGGUUUCUCAUUGAUACAUGUACUAUUGGCACCCGUCUACAAAGAUCACCUGCCUAUAAAGACCACCUUUCUUGUCUCCCUUGGGUGGUCUUUAUAGACAGGUUUCACUGUACCCUUGCCAUAGCUCAAGCAGGGCACUAGCUGACGGUCAUUUCAAAAAAAAGUUCAGGCAGAUCUUGAUACAACUGUAGAUAAAACGCAAAUUAUGUUAUGAUAUGUUUUAUAUACAUGCAAUGAUCUUGUAAACCAA